AUGUCCGACAUCACCCCCUUCAUCACCGCCCUGGAGGCCGCCCAGAAGAAGGAGAAGUUCACCUCCGAAGUCCAAGAAGCCGCCGCCGGCAUCGACAUCGAAGCCCUCAAGGCCGUCUACGAGAAGGUCUCCGAGCAGGGUGAAUUCGAGAAGCUCGACGAUGCCGCCGAGGCCGAAACCCUCCGCAAGGCUUUCGAAUUCGCCGCCAAGGCUGUCAUGAUGCUGAAGACUUCCCCCGGUCUUAUGGAGAAAAAGGACCUGUACAUCUACUUCAAGGUUGGCAAGGGCGAGGUUAUGGAGAAGCCCGGCAUGUUCGAUAUUCAGAAGAAGCAGCUCUUCGGUGCUUGGGAGAAGGUUAAGGAUUACAGCCAGGUUAAGGCUCACCAGCUUUACAUUGGUCACGUCAACACCUUGAUCUCCAAGUACGGUACCCGUGACGAAUAA